GCUUUUGUUUUGAAAAUGUCUUGGCGGAAGUGGUGUAACAGACCGGAAGUCCGCGUCAUUCCUCCCAGCUGAGCAGAACCGGCUCAAACACACGGAACUUAUUUUCACUGUGAAAAGGAGAAAGACAAUUAAACCUUCAUUUUUUUUUAAUAUUCAACUUUACUCUUGGACACAACAUGGCGGACGAAGCCACGCGCAGGGCCGUGUCUCAGAUCCCGCUGCUGAAGACGCCGGCGGGGCCGCGGGACCGGGCUCUGUGGCCGCAGCGGCUGAAGGAGGAGUACCAGGCCCUGAUCCGGUUCGUGGAGCAGAACAAGGCCGCGGACAACGACUGGUUCCGCCUCGAGUCCAACCCGGACGGGACGCGGUGGACCGGCACGUGCUGGUUCAUCCACGAGCUGCUACGCUACGAGUUCCGGUUGGAGUUCGACAUCCCGGUGACGUACCCCGACACCGCGCCCGAGGUGGCGGUACCGGAGCUGGACGGGAAGACGGCUAAGAUGUACCGGGGCGGGAGGAUCUGCCUCACCGACCACUUCGCGCCGCUCUGGGCCCGGAACGCGCCGCGCUUCGGGCUCGCGCACCUCAUGGCGCUGGGACUCGGACCGUGGCUCGCGGUGGAAAUACCGGAUCUGAUCGGUAAAGGGCUCGUGCUCCACAAGGAGCGGCAGCGCGAGGAGGCGGCGGAGUGACGUCAUAGGACAACACGUUAAAGACCUUUGACUGGAAACGGAACCAAAACACGAACAAGUGACGUGAUGCUAAUGUUGUGAUGAAUGUUAUAAUGAUCGUCACCGCGAGGAGCUGAGCAGUGUUGUCAAUAAAGUUUGUUUGAAUGGACUGACACACUGACGUCGUUCUGAAAGUGUCCACACAAGUUUUUUUUUUUUUUUAAAGGGACCUGAGUUCAUUUCACAUUAAAAUCAUGUGGCAACGUGUUCAUGGUGUAAAUGAU